AACAAAAAUGGCUGCGCGCUACAAACUUCGCUGUAGUUUGGCGGGUCACCAAAAAGACGUUCGUGCGGUUGCGUCAGGCAUUUUACCAAAUGGAUCGAUACUAUCUGGGUCCCGAGACGUCACAGCUAAAGUUUGGGUACCAAAUGAGUCAGACCAAGGAUUCCGAGAAGGUCUUGUGAUGAGCGGACAUACCAACUUUAUUUCGGCCGUAUGUUACAUGCCACCAGACGGAACGUACUCCCACGGUCUGAUACUAACAGGAAGUAACGACUCGACUAUACUGGCAUAUACCCUGGAUUCACCAGAACCAAUUUAUAAACUUACUGGACACUCAAACACUGUUUGUUCACUGGCCGCUGGGAAGUUUGGGACCUUACUGAGUGGUUCCUGGGAUAAAACAGCUAAGGUCUGGCUCAACAAAAAAUGUGUGAUGACUUUAGAAGGUCACGAAUCUGCAGUGUGGGCAGUGGCUAUACUCCCGGAACAAGGAUAUAUGUUGACUGGGUCGGCUGAUAAAACUAUCAAAGUGUGGAAGGCCGGCAAGUGUGAAAAGACCCUUACAGGACAUGAAGACUGUGUACGAGGUCUAGCCGUGCUGAAAAAGCCGGAGUUCCUGUCCUGUUCAAAUGACGCCACGAUACGUCACUGGUCCAUCACGGGUGACUGUAUAGGUGUAUAUUAUGGUCACGAGAACUUUGUGUACAGUAUUAGUGUGCUGCCGAACGGUGAGGACUUUGUUAGCAGUGGUGAAGAUCGAACAGUGCGCGUGUGGCAAGGUGGAAAGGUUACCCAGACCAUCGCUCAUCCCUCUAUGUCGGUCUGGUCAGUGUGUACCCUCCCAAACGGAGAUAUUGCAUCAGGUUCAAGUGAUGGAGCUGUAAGAGUGUUCACAACACAUCCUGAGCGAGUUGCCUCCCCUGAUCAACUGAAAGCGUUUGAGGUUGAGGUGGCCUCUGCUGAAGUUCCCACACAGAUAGGGGAGAUUCAGAAACGGGAUUUACCUGGACCCGAAGCUCUCCUUAACCCUGGUAACAAGGACGGCCAGACAAAAAUGGUAAAAACAGGCGAUAAAGUGGAGAUCUACCACUGGGAGGCUGCCCAGACAAAGUGGACCAAGAUUGGGGAUGUGGUAGGAUCAAGUGGAGGGUCACAGAAAACCUCGGGGAAAACACUGUACGAGGGCAAGGAGUAUGACUUUGUGUUUAGUGUAGACAUCGAGGAAGGGAAGCCACCCCUCAAACUUCCUUACAACAAGUCAGAGGACCCCUGGUUUGCUGCCCAACGCUUCCUUGAAAAAAACAACCUCAGUCAGCUGUUCCUUGAUCAGGUGGCCAACUUCAUCACUGAGAAUACAGAAGGAGUUACACUUGAUCAGGCUGGGCCCCAAGUCUCUGACCCUUUCACAGGUAAGUUGACACUUGAUCUGGUUGGGCCCCAAGUCUCUGACCCUUUCACAGGUAAGUUGACACUUGAUCUGGUUGGGCCUCAAGUCUCUGACCCUUUCACAGGUAAGUUGACACUUGAUCUGGUUGGGCGCCAAGUCUCUGACCCUUUACAGGUAAGUUGACACUUGAUCUGGUUGGGCGCCAAGUCUCUGACCCUUUCACAGGUAAGUUGACACUUGAUCUGGUUCGGAUAAAGUCUUUGACCCAUUCACAGGUAAUUUGACAGUUGAUCUGGUUCGGAUAAAGUCUCUGACCCUUUACAGGUAAGGUGACACUUGAUCUUACUGAGCCCUAUGUCUCUAACCCUUGCAACAUAUGAUGAGGGGCCACAUUAAGGUGUCCCGACACUUUAUCACUAGCCCUCCACCUCUGGGUUGCGAAUUCG